CGCCCUCAUGGACAAAACGGAAGAAACGCUCUCACUGUUUGUUUGUUCGAAUGCAGUUGAUGUUGAAAAUUGGAGCACUGUGCUGAAAUAAGAGACUGGAGAAUCCUGAAAUACUGCUGUAAAAACACAAGAGAUGGAGGAAGCUUCCAAGGAGACUGCGAAAACCUGGGGCUUCCGCAGGAGUACCAUCGCGAGACGAGAAUUUUUGGAAGCUGUUGGCUCCGUGGACAGCAUCACUCCUCCCGCCCCAAGUCACAGCGCUCAGGGUCGAGUGCGGGGGCGUGGCCGGGGCAAACAGACUGCAGCCUAUAAAAGAGGUUGUGGGGGUCGCGGGCAUGAGCUGGCGCCCGUGCUCACACCCACUGUUGAGAAGUUCAGCACUGAAGAUAAAGCUAUGGAAGCCACCAACGUGCUGCAGGGUGUUGUGGCGGAGCUGAAAUUAGGCGAGGAGUCUCUGAGCGAGGGAAGCGGAUCAGAUCAAGCCAAAGCCAGCGAAGGUCAUGAUGGUGUGAACUCUGAAGAUACAGAUGUAGGGACGCGACUACUGUUGGAACAAGAUCAUGUGAAUGUGUUAGGUACCACAGAUGACACAUCAGGAGGAACCAUGUUUUCUUCCACAGCUGGACAGGCAGGUGGAGAUUCAGUUGCAGUCACAGGAGCACAGAAAGCUGUUGGAGGCGGCAGAAGCGCUGAACGAGUGAAGGCAGAUGGUGAGUUUGCAGAGGAAAAGCGUGAAACUGAGGAAGAGGAGAGUAAGCGGAUGGAUCAAGAUGCUGUCUGCUGUAUAUGUCAACAAACACGCAAUAACAGGUCAAUGAUCUGCUGUGACUCUUGUGGAGAGUGGUGUCACACUGACUGUGUUGGCAUCACUGAAGCUCGUGAUCAUUUCCUGCAGAAGAGUGGAAAACUAUAUAUGUGUCCCUCAUGCUCUGAAGACCACAUCACCAGGAAGAUUAAAAGCACUAGCAGAAUCACCAUAUUUCAUGCGGAGGUGAAUGUGGAGGAAAAGGUGAAGGUGAUUGUGGAGGAAAAGAAGCAGAAGAUGGUGGAUGAGAAGGUUGCUCUUCCUAACUGUAUUGGUCCGGGCUGUAGUAAUGCUGCUCUGCCAGAGUCUGUGUACUGCGGUCAUCAGUGUAUUGUGCAGCAUGCAGCAGCAGCAAUGAAGAAUCUCUCUGAACCCAAAACUGAGACUAAACCUGCUGAACCUACCAAGAGUGAGAAACGAUCAUUUCUUGCAAAGCUUUUCAAGGUAAAGAUCAGUGAGAAAGCUGUACAGGAAGAGACUGGGAGCAAACAGGAGGUGAUGAAGGUAGAGUCAGUGUGUCCUGCUGCAGUCAAUGACCCUGAGAAACCAACAUCAAUAACAUCAUCAGGUCCUGCUGUAGAUGACAAACACACUAUUGAAGACAGAAAAGUUGAGUGCAAUACAGACACAUCACAGAGCCAACCCUCAGUUCUGACACUAGAUAGUCUCCCUCCUGAAAAGGCACCUGCAGCCCCACCGAUAAAGAAAUCCACACCAGGAAGAGCCAGGAAAACCAUGCCAGGAUCUCCACGCCUGGAGCUUCUGAGAGGCACACUCAGUAAAAACCCAUUUCCUGUCACUAAAAAGCCUUCUGAAUCCAUCAAACACACAGAUGUCCGACCCGCAGUGGAUGAACCAGUUGAGGACCCUCCCUCCAGUCCGCUACAGAUCAGACAGAACAUUCGCCGCUCGCUCACGGAAAUUUUGCUUCAAAGACUAAAUGCGAGUGAUGGUUUGAACAUCUCUGAAAGUGAAGUUGAGAAUCUGGCUGUGAACAUGGAGAAAGAGAUGUUCAAUAUGUGUUACACCACAGGUGGGGAGUACAAGAGUAAAUACCAGCAUCUCAAGAUCAGCUUGAAAGAUCCCAAAAACAAGGAACUGUGUCACCAGGUUUUGAAAAAAGACAUUUCUCCAGUUAAACUCAUCCACUUGAGUCAGCAGAACAUGAAGUCUGUUGAGGAGUGGACUGAUGACUCUGUGUUUCAGAGGUCUUUGAAGAAGGUACAGUCUCCUCUUUCCACAGAUAUAGAAGAACCUCUUCCUGUCUGUCCAGAAACAGUGGUCAAUGUAGAGAGCAAACCUGCUCCUUCACAAAGCCAAACAAGGAAAAUAAACUCGGAUGUCCCAGACGUGAUCAGCACCAUGCUGAAAGACACAACACCAGAACAUAAACGCCAUCUGUUUGACCUUAACUGCAGGAUAUGUACAGGCCAAGUAUCCAUUGAAGGGGAGCCUGAACCGAAAAAACUCAAGAUGGAUAAGACAAAGGAUAAUAGCGUAGAACAGAAACCUUCAUCUGUUGUUCAAGUUAUGGAAGAAGCACCCCCACCUACUAAGCCAGUAUUAGAUGCUGAUGUAAUGGAGUCACCUGCUUCUCCAAAUGCAGAGGACUGUGAAACACAGACCCCAUCAGUGGAUUUCUCCCCUGUUCUGAUCCCGUCAGUAUCCACUGUGUCCAUCUCAAGACGAGACCCCCGUACAGCUCAAUACCGGCUAACUCCGACAUGUUCUGGUCCAUCAGUUGUCUCUCCAACACAGCAACAUCCAACCCCAGCGCUCAAUGUCAGUGAAACUCCUAAAGAGAUAAUGCCGAUCCAUCCCUUGCACGUGCCGCCUCCUAUGCCAAAAUCUAUUCUCAUGAAACCCUUGCAUUCAUCAGCUUCCAGGGUAGACAAUUUAUAUGGCUCGACCACAAGGCUGUUGGACUCUCAUGCUCCAUCUGACAAGGGUACAAGACAGUUUUUAUCCAAGCAGGACACUUUAUGGAAGGGCUUUCUCAACAUGCCAACUGUGGCCAAAUUCGUCACAAAGGGAUACUUAAUCUCAGGCUCCCCUGACAUUCUGAAAGAGGACUUACCAGACACUAUCCAAAUUGGAGGCAGGAUAUUGCCACAAACUGUGUGGGAAUAUGUUGAGUUGAUAAAAACAUCUGAUGCAAAGGUGCUGUCAUUGAUUCGGUUCCAUCCAUCAUCUGACGAAGAGGAGGUUGCAUAUGUGUCUUUGUUCUCUUAUUUCAACAGUCGAAGGAGAUUUGGGGUUGUUUCUAAUAUUUCUAAACACAUCAAAGAUCUUUAUCUCAUUCCUCUGUGUGCAAAACAGCCCAUGCCUGAUGUACUUCUUCCUAUAGAUGGACCAGGGCUCGAACAAAAUCACCCUAAUCUUCUAAUUGGGUUAGCAGUCUGUCAGAAACCAAAGCAUCCUGAGGCAUUGCCACAAGAGUUUAGUGAGAAGAAAUCUAGAUCCCUGAUCCGCUCGGAGAAGAAGGAAACAAGCAAUCCUACCUCACCUGAUGUUAGACAACAUAACACAAAGGAUUGUGAUACUGAUAUCCCCAUCAACACAAUUGUUCACAGACCUUUACCUUUGUUUGUGUCACCAGACCCACCAUGCUCUGCAAGAUCCCUUUCUGGCCCAUCUUCUCUGUCUAGUGUGUUAACUGUGUCAAAACCCACCACAUCUAUCAACACUGACCCAUCCAAAGACAGCUCCUGCACUACACCACUUCAGACCAUACUUAACACAUUAUUUGGUCAAAAGAAGCAACAAUCUUAUGUCCCAGAGUGUAAGAUGAGCUCUUCAGCAGAUGAAGUUCAGCAGCAACAGAUGUCUAAAGAAACAAUAAAUACAAUGGAGUUAUGUGACAAUAGGCCUUAUGAUCCGGAGGAAUAUGACCCAGCUACUACAUAUGGAGCCAUGGAGCUGACUCCAGCUGAAGUUGUGGAGUCUAAAGUUCCAACUGCAGCACCAGAUGAUAAUGAUUAUGAUAGACCGUAUGACCCUGAGGAGGAGUAUAAUGCAGUUGACAAAGGUGUAAAAAAUAUCAUACCCAAAGCAUCAGAAGCCAAAUCUAUAGAAGAAACCACUAAAGCGAACAGUGAAGUAGCCUAUGAUCCAGAGGACGAGACUGUGUUUGAAGAGAUGCAAAAUUACCUCACAAGUAAUGCUAUACCUCACAAAUCUGACAUCUGUGAACAGGUCAACAUUUCAAGUUCAACGUUGUCUGAGCAGCAAAAAAUUCUGGAAGAAUUAAAUAGGCAGAUAGAGGAACAGAAAAGGCAGCUAGAAGAACAGACAGAGACUCUGCGUCUACACAAGGAAGCAAUUGGUGUUUCCAUGGCCCAUUUUUCUGUUUCUGAUGAUCUGAUGUCACCACCCCCAUCGUUUGGCAGGGAAGAGGACAAAAUGUCCUUUUUUCCAACAGUUUAUCAGAAUAGGGAUGCACAGACCUGUCAAAAAACAAGCCUGGAUGCUGCGAAUGAGAGGCCUGAAUGCGAGACUGAUGAAAAAGAAAGUGCAACACAAGAAUUAUUAAACAUGGAAGAAGAACAGAAUGUAGUAUUGGACACAAAGAUAGAGAAAUCGGCUGAUGAUGAAAGAAAACCUAAAGAAGGGUCACCAGAUAUUGCAACUGGUCAAUCACACAUCACUAAAGGCUCCCACUCAGAGUAUUCUAGCAAAACAAGAGACAAAGGUAGAAGGUCUACAUUAAGCACCAAUAGGUCAACAAGAAGGUCACGGCAUGAAUGCAGAUCAUACCACCAAGAGAGGGCAUCUUCAAGAGCAUUGCAUAAAAAUAGAGACCCAAAGGAUGAUUCAGACAAACGGCACAGAAGUAAACAAUCUGCGGAGCAUAACCCUUGGCGAAGUCACAGUGACAGAAAAAGACUGACAUCCUCAAGAACAAGGCUUGAUCACCAUCACAGAGACUCAACUAGGAAAAGGAGAAGUCAUUAUUCCACAAGUUUACGCUCAUGCCCGAGAGACGGAUCUUCACAGGAUGAUAGUUACCAGUCACAUAAGACUGACCAGCAAGAGCCUGGACCAUUUGCAGUGCAAAGCACUCAGUCUUCACAACCAGAUUCUAACCUGGAGCCAGGCAGCAAUCAGGUGCAAUCUCUGCACAAAUUACGACAAAGUGGUAAACUACGGGGUGAUACUGCUACAAAUCAAACUAAGAAUCAACUGCAAAGCAGCCAUGAGACAGAUCAGAGCAGCCAGAAACCUCAAGCUUCCCAAAACGCUGGUGGAGCUUCAUUACAGUCAUUUGACAGUAAUCGGCCAUUCACUGGUCAUUUUAAAAUGAAUAGAGAUAAUGUGCCCCUCAACAAAAUUGACCAGUCUUCUAAACAAGGAUCGUUGCUGCCUUCUCCUGGCAGUGGUUAUGUUGCCCAUGAUCAAACAUUCCAGCCAACAAACAUCACUACAGCACAGUUUUCAGAAAGUCAGUCCUUGGUGAGGGGAGCUCCAUCUAACCAGCCACCACUAAACCAAACCGCUAAUGUUUGUGGGUCUAGACAGAUUAUUCAAAAGAGAGGUCUGCCACUAAUUAAAAAGUAUAAUUAUUUCCAACAUGAGACUGAAAAAUUAUGCCCAGGAGAUAACCCACAAAUUGCUUUUUCACAAUCUAACCCUGAGCAGUUCUAUUGCAGUGAUAUUACACUUCAAAAAGAAAGAAGCAAACUUUUAGUGCAUGAGGAAGAGCACAAGAAUCCGCUUGAUCAUCGCCAGUUUGAUCACCAAAAUUAUCCAAAUAACAUGCUAAGAAGAGACACAGACCAGGUCCAUCAAAAGUGUCAACAAUCCCAGCUACCCCAGUUACAUGAAUGCAGUUUUCAAGAACCUGAAACCGAUCAAUUUCAUCCCAAUAAUGGGAAAAAACAAAAUUUUCAGAGAGAUGAGUCUGCCCAGUUUCAGGAAAGAGAGUCAAUAUUAGGGCCUGCCCCUAUGCAAAAUGAGUCAGCCCAGUCUCAGCAAAGAGAGUCAAUAUUAGGGCCUUCACCUGUGCAAAAUGAGUCUGCCAAGUUCCAACAAAGAGAGUCACUAUUAGGGCCUGCCCCUGUGCAUAUGGGCAAUUUCAGGCCUCUUAAUCGACCUAGGGCUCCACUUGCUUCAUGUUAUGAUAAGUGGAAACCAUCAAGGGAGCCUCCUACUUUGCCCAUGGUGGAACAAAAAGGUCCUAAAUUUGGUCUGCACAUGAAUGCCAACCCUAGUGUUUUGGAAGGUUCUAGACCUUUUCAAAACUUUGGACUAAAGGUCCAAUCCCCAGGCUUUGUGAUGCAUGAGAGUUCUGGAUUGACUAAAGACCAUCAGCCCAAAGGACCAUUCACAGAAAAGAUGUUUGAGAGUGUUGGACCUUGUCAAACAAUUGGGCCAAGGGGCCCAUCUCCAGGGCCCCUUGGCCCUUUUCAGCAUGAUAUGGAUGGUCACAGUAGGUUACGUCAGUUAAUGCUUGAAAGAGCCCAUCUACAGCUGAAUUCAAUUGAACCAGUGAGCCCUCCUAAUGUUGCUGGGGCAUCUGAAGAACAGUUAAGAGAUAUGCAACUACCACACUGUAAUUCUUCAAAAGGGCAUGUUCCACAUAGACAGUUUCACAAAGAACAGUUUGACAAAAGUGAAUCUCAUCCUCCACACUAUAAUUAUCCAAGAGGUUGUGCACCAUUCAAGGAAUUUCAUGAGGGGCAGUCUAAUUAUAGAUGUUUUUCACAUGAGCAGCCUAAUGGGCCAAGAGGACAUGCUUCCCCACAUAAUGCAUAUGAACCUCAACACUCUAACUGUCACCAAACAUUUGCAGAUGAUAAGGAAGACUACAGGACCCAGACAUGUAUUCCGAGACAGGCUCAAAUACUCUAUCAAGACCCAACAUGUGGUCCAAACCAUAGCCAGUUUGAAGGGCAGCAAUAUUCAGAAAUUAGGGGUAAAACAAAAGAGGUUCAACAAUCUGACUUUACAGGACGAGGUAGGGGAAAUGUAGGGAAAUGUUUUCAAAGGCAACAUGAAAUUAAUGUACAAAUAAAGGGGCCUCGUUUUGACUCGCCACAGCAGUUACUGUGCCAAAGAGAAGCAUCUACUGAUUUUAAAGGUCAGAGAAGGCCUUUGCCUCAAAAUUGUGAACAUUGUGAGGAUCAUAAUGAAGCUCAAUCAUCUGGCCUUCCUCACCAUUCAACCUCAACCCCUACUCAGUUUAACAAGACACGACAUCCAAAUCUAUGUGAGAGUCAGAAUAUGGGACGGCAAAGGCCAAAUGUUGAGGGCCUACUUAGACAGACAAAUAUUCUGCCUUUACGACGUUCAGGUCCGCUACUCCCCACUCCACCUGGAGGUCCAAUUAGACCGCUCAUCCCCAGAGUACAGAGGCCUAACUUCCAUAAAGAAUGCAGUAGACCACAGGGACCAACUGCCAUAAGAGAAGGUCAUGUCACAGAGGACAUCAGUGGAUAUUUGUUUCAUGGAGAGAACCCAAGCAUUGGUCACAAUUUCAAACCUCAGCAAAGUGCUAACUCGAUAAGUGUCAUUCAAGAAGAACAAAGAGUAGGGCAUGAAGACAGAAGGAGAGAACAAAAUGUCCUGGACAAUAGUUAUGGACAACCAUGCAGAAGGUCAAGAGGAAGAAAUGGUAGAGUUAGGGCUGGAAAAAUGGGAAGGUUUGUUGAUAAAAUUCAAGACAAUAGAGAGAAAGAAAUUAGUUUAGAUAUAGACUCAGACAGAAGAGAUUUUUAUAGAGGAAGGGCAAGAGCAUGUGGUCGCUUACUGCAAAGAAAUGAUAGGAGCAGAUCCCAUAGAGAUUGGUCGAGGAGUCCAGAUUUAGACUAUGGGGACAUCAAGAUUAUCCCAUAGAUAGACAUAAAAAUUUGAAUAUAAAAGAAAAAUAGGAGCAAGGCAACCCCCUGAAUGUUUAAAUGUAUACUGUGUACAUGUCCAAGAUAGAGCUUGUUUUAAGCCAUUAUGUGGUUAGAAUUUACUCUUGGCUACAUCAGCAAAACAUUAUCUGUUUUGGAAAGUUGUGACAAAUUUUUGACAAAUGUAUUGAAUUUUUCUUAAGAGAUCCUGCUACACCGUUGUGAUUCAGUUGAUUGGUGAAAAAGAAAAAGGUUUUUCUUGUUAAGUUUUUGAAAUGUAAAAGAGUCUAAGCAGGACAUUUUCAUUGUAUAAGUUUAUGCUAACGUUUUAGAUUUGUAUCUCCUGCAAAGCUCUUGACUCAUGUCCUCAUGAGAUAUACUAAAUAACAAUGUACAUUUGUGUUCAUACAUUUUUAAACAGUUUCCUAAAUGCACAUUUGUAAGUCUGUUAGAGUCUCAAAAGAACCUUAUGUAUGUCCUCUGAUAUAUGCAGUAAAGAACUGAACCACAAAGCCUGGCCUAUGUUCUGAGAAUCUAUAAUCGUGUGCCUGUUGUUAUAAUUACAAAAUGGCCACAUCAUUUUAUUUUCACCCAUAGUAAUAUUUAUAAUCAAGUAUUGGAUGAGUGCAACACCGUUUCUCACCUUUUAUAUUAAUUAAUAAUUGCCAGUGUUUGGACCGUGACUAUUUUCAUCUUAAUGUUUUAAUGAAACAUUAACUGGGGACAAAAAGUAUACUCCGCUUUAAUAUGAGUCUAAUCUAUCUUUAUUAAAUUAGUAGUUUUCGAUAUGGCAGAGUUUAGCCUGUUUGAACAGUAACUUCAGUUAUUUGUCCAUUAUGCAUUUGUGUGCAUGCAAAGAGCUGCAGGUUUCAAAAUGUAAGUUUGCAUUUGCUCUGGUAAACUUUUGCAAUCCACAGGAGAUCACUAGAAAUAUGCCUGGCCAUUAUGGAAUUAAAACACACACUUAUGCAAGUAUAUACUGUUUAAACAAUGGGAGGCUUGCAAUGAUUUGUACAUUAUUAAGAGAGGACAGAUCAUAACUUUUCCGAAUUUAGUUCAUACUUGCACA